AUGGAAGAUUCUUAUACAUUCGGGCACAUAGGAAAACCUUACUAUGUUUGGUUCCCUAUAACGCGAUUUUUAAUGGUCGUCAAAAAGAAGUUAGCAUCAUUCGGUGAACCAAUUGAUAUAGGUCCAACUUCAACUGGUAAGCUGAGUACUCCAGAACUUGUGAACACCAGAAUGACACUUGAAACUGCGCUCUUGUUUCCGGGAUGGCACCUGAUCUUGUUAAAUUGGCGAGAGCUCUUACUGAUCGGUGAUUCAAAAGCGCAAUCACUCGUUGAUUUUAGAGAUAUUGAAAGAGCAGUGAAGUUCUGCUCGAAAUUGGGUUACUUUAAGAGACGAAUCGAAGAAAACUCUAUGCUUACUAUCAGUAUAAACGCAGACAGUCGAUGGGCACUAAUCGAUCUUGACGAUUUGGUCUCCGCUCUAUCAUUCUUCGCGAUUGAUGACAAUGGUCUAUUGCGACCUAACUUGGAAGAUAAACACCGACAUAGAAUUUACACAUUAACAGGCCCCGAAUUAGUUAGUGGUCCAAUU